AUGGCUUUGGUUCGUAAUCUGUUCAGAGCUUCGCUUGUGGCUGAACGAGCCUUCAUUAGUUCUCGAUUUAUCUCUCAGUCGGCUGCUCUUCAUGCUGAGAGACGAUACACCAAGAAGCACGAAUGGGUUUCAUUCGAAAACGGUGUUGGAACUGUCGGAAUUACUGAUUUUGCCGCGGAACAAUUAGGUGAUGUAGUGUUUGUAGAACUUCCUGAGCAGGGCCAAUUCUUAGAGAGAGGCGAUAAUACUGGAGCUGUUGAGAGUGUUAAGGCUGUAUCGGAUGUAUAUGCUCCUGUUUCUGGAACCGUUGUGGAGACCAACUCUUUAUUAGAACAAGAAAGUGGAAGAAUCAACAAGAGUCCGUUCAACGAAGGCUGGAUCUACAAGCUGGAACUUAAAGAUGUCAAUGAACUCGCAGAGCUUAUGUCAGAGACCGAUUAUGAGGAAUUCAAGAACGGCGAGGAAGGCCAUUGA